AGUUUAAGUUGUUUUUCCAGGUACCGGUUGACUUCGGAGCUUCUUAACAGCUUGCCUGUGUAUUUCACUAGGAAAAAUACUCUCGCUGCUGAAUUUUACCUCCCUCUAAUGGAUGGUUAGGGGUGACUUCAGGGAGGGCCUGAAGCAGGCUGCUGCUCAACAGAACAGUGGGUAGUCGCAUAGUGAGGAAGAGAAGCCCUUAAAAGGCAACCUGAUUACCGUUAUGUUCAACCGUAUCAGCCAGCAACAGUUCAGCUGCUCUAUCAGAACUGUCUGCUGAUAUUCCUUUCUAUGCAGUGUUUCAAAUAAAUGAUGUGGAAUAGUCAGUUAGAUUUACCUUUUUUUUUUAUCUUUUUUUCAUACUGCAAAAAUUUGUUAGUUCACAAUUUUUGUGGGGUAGGAUUGUAUCUGGAUUCCUUUGAGUAAAAGCUGUAGUAAGUUAAGUAGAAGUUUUAAUAUUUAAUAUGUCAAGCAUUUAAUCACUUUCAUGAUACAUGCUGUCAGUUAACAUUGAGUAUUUCUUGAUAGGGGAUUUACUUUAAAUGCUUUAAAUUUGUGUUAGCUGUAUAAUUCAUGUCCCCGUUAUGAAAAUGCACAAGAAUACUACAAAUUGUAAGUGUAAAACAAUAGGAAUAAUACUUCUUUGAAGUACAUAGAUCAGCAGAUAGAGAUUCUAAGUUCAUGGUUCUGAAGUCUACACCAGAAACAUUUUUAUAUAGUAGAAAUUCAUUGCUAAAGCUGCAAAAUGAUAAAUAACUUUAUUGUAAUCACAUUAACAACAGACUUAAAUACAAAACAAAAUGAAAUAUGGGUAUCAGUCCUACCCUUCCUCCUUCUUCUGUUUUACUGACGGGUAACUAAAGACUUGUAGAAUUUCAAGCUGAGAAAAAACAGUAGUUUAUUGGGUUGAAGAAGUGUAGUAUGAUGUAGUAAGAAGUGUGUAUUAUGUAGUUUGCCUUCUGUCUUUCUCAGGAAAAAAAAAAAACUGCUUAUUUCUAGGAAGCAGUAAUUCUGUAGCUUUGUAUUUGAAAGUUCUCAUCUAAUUGACUCUGUAUUUGGCUCUGCAUUGUAUGACACAUUUCAAAUUAGAAAUAAGCAAAAAACCUUACAGCUUGCAAAGGCAUCACUCCUGAUUUGAUAUUGCAAGAGUUGGAAGCCUCCCGAAUUAGAUACGUGCAGUAAUUCAAAAUCCUGUGCAUUUAUUUGUAGCGGCUUAUAGUUUUUAAAACUAUGAAGAAGCCAAGUUUUUAUUCACAAGUGGACAUCUAGGCAUGCUUUUAUGUAUGCAUGGUUUGAUUCACAGAAACCUUAGCCAUGUUAUCUUUCUACUAUGCUGGGUGAGGGAUUGAUAGGAUGGAAUACGCUUCUUUGUUUCUCAGAGCUGAAGUGUAGUAGUAGGCUCAUAUCAAUAAGACUGUAUGCUCAUUUUGCAACUACAUAGAUUCAUCUAAAUUGAACUGAUGAUGAUAUAUUAAAAUGUUGGUUAACAUUACUCUGAAAGAUCUGACAAAAUAGUUGCACGUUCUUCUGUAACAGAAUUGUAAUGUGGGUUCUAGAGUCAGAAGAAAUCUUGUUCAUCAACCAGUCUUUGUAGCAGGGCCUGGAAACCUGGCUUUGUCUUUCAGUUAUAAGGCCUUAUUUUCUUCAUCACCACAUUAAGCCUUAUUCCUUUCAAAAUCGUCUAGUCAUAUUAAAAUUGCUAUGAUGAAUGCAUUUUGAAAUCACAAAUACUCAGUUAAAAUAGCUUUUAGCAAGCUGGCUCAAUUGCUUAGGAUAAUAAAGCUAUUUACAGAGUGUCUGAACUUGUAAAUCCUAAGAGGAAUGAUUUUCAGAAUCAGGUAAAUUUUUUGUAUUUGUUCUCAAGAUGCAUGUGUCUACACUUGAGGGCAGAAUAUAUUUUAAUGUUUCUUCCAGAACAUUCAUGAGAAUAUAUUUCUUUGGUGUAAGUUUCAUUGUUUUUCAUGAACUGUGAAUUUUCUACUUCAUCUUUUUGAUAUGAACAGCGAUACCAGCAUCUCUUGCAAUCUGUGAUAGGUGAACUCUGUUUUCCUCAAAGUAAUGAUUUUUGCAUGUUGUUUCACAGCAGGACAUGGUCCAUGAUCAGUAGUGUCAGAACUUCUUAAAUGUUGGAUGGCUGAGCAUCGAUUGAAUCAGAAUCAAUUUCACUUAUUUCUCUGUUUAGUUUAAAUGCAUGUUAUACUGUUUACACUGAUACUACGUUUUUGUGCUGGUUUCUGAACUCAGACAAAAAAGUUGUACCAUAGCUUAGUUAAGUUAAAACUAUUUGAGCAAAGUAGAACUGGCAGGUUGAAUUUGCUUAUCAUAAUGUAACGCAUCAGACCUUGCUUUCCACUAAAACCAUUGGUUUAAGCUGUAAAGACAGAUUUAAUUGUAUUAUUGAACGAUGGCCUUUAGACAACAAUGUAAUAAGACCUUCAUUGACAAUUUAUACUAGUUAAUGAGGAACAUUGGCCUAAGUUGGAGUCAUUUGCAGUUGAUUAUUUAACUUUUUGGGAACUGAAGAUUGCAUCUAAUAAGUGAAACUUGUUUUAUAAGACUAAAGGUUAAAUAUCACAAUUAUUCUGUAUUGUGAAGAUGAACUUCUACAUUUGAUUUUAUACAAGUAGAGGAAUAUAUUUAACUUUGUCCCAUGUACAUUUUCGUAAUUAAUGGAAACUGUAAAACCUUGACAUUUUUCAUUUUCAUUGAAUAAAUGGGAAUGUUUUCAAUUCUAAUAAUGAUAGGUUGAUCAUGAAAAUUAUGUUUACUUACAGAGAGAACAGGAAAUGAGAAUGGGUGAUAUGGGUCCUCGUGGAGCAAUUAACAUGGGAGAUGCGUUUAGCCCAGCACCUGCUGGUAACCAAGGCCCUCCUCCAAUGAUGGGUAUGAAUAUGAACAACAGAGGAACUUUGCCUGGCCCUGCAAUGGGUCCUGGUCCUUCCAUGGGACCAGAAGGAGCUGCAAAUAUGGGAACACCAAUGAUGCCAGAUAAUGGAACAGUGCAUAAUGAGAGAUUCCCUCAAGGAGGUCCAUCACAGAUGGGCUCACCUCUGGUUAGUAGAACGGGCUCCGAAACUCCUCAGCCGCCCAUGAGUGGUGUAGGUACCGUGAGUGGUGGACCUGGUGGCUUUGGUAGAGGAAACCCAGGGGGCAACUUUGAAGGACCUAACAAGCGUCGCAGAUACUAAAACUUACUUCAUUCCUUGCUGUUAAGAAAUUCCAGUAAACAUACGGUGAUAUGCCUUUAUAAUUUUAGCUGUUAUCUGGAAACGGUUUUAUUGUUACUGUAGUCUUUAAAACAGUUUCUUUUGUAAAACUUUUUUGUAUUCAGUCAUAGGCUUUGUAGUAUAGAGCAGAAAUUAUGCAGAUCAUUAUGUAAGGCAAUGUGUUUGUGACUAGCAAAAUACAGUGUGUGACUAUGCUGUAAAACAUGCGGUUAUCUGAUUACAAUAAAAUAUACAAUACACAUGAAAGGAUUUUGGGAAUGUUAUUACAAAUACUGAGUGAGAAUAAUUUUAUGCUUGGUUAUAAGUGGCAUCGUUUUCAUUCUUAGUGUGUGUCGAAAAUUCCGUUCUUAGUGAAUCUGUUCAGCUUGAACUGCAUGUAGCAGUGCGUACUAUGAACAAUUUACAUUGCAACUGCUUAAGUUUGCUUCAACUUUUGAAGAGCAUAAAGUUUUAUACAAAGUGUUCUUAUAAGGAUACUGUGUCUUUUUAUCUCAGCUUCCCUCUGCAAAUUUAGUCUGACAGUGUUUGUCCUAUCAAUCACUGGAAAAAUUUAACUUUGACAGAAAAAUAACUUCUGGAAAAGAAACCUGUAUGUUUUCUUUGUUCACGAUGGAAUGAAUGAAUUUAUCUAAGAAACAUUGUUGUGAUAUGUUCUAAUGAUUGUUAAAGUAUCCUGGCAUUGCAAGGGAAGGAAGCAUUUGUGCAAGCUUAUUUAAAACCUUUUGAUGUAUGAUGUAUCACUGUAGGUAUACACCAGUACUUAUUUCCCCCAGUGGUUGACAUGAAACAAAUCUGUUACAACAAUUCACUGUUUAAUUCGAAGACAAGUGUUCUCUGCUGGAAUGAUUGUUCACUCAUAGGUAGAGGAUUCAUAUGCUUCUAGAAGGACUGCACAUUAGUAUAUGAUUCUAAGAUUCUUGACGUGGUUUUACUGAACAAUGAAUGUGGAAAACACUCAUUUUCAACAUUUCAGGCUAGCUUUGCUGAUCAGGUCUUAAGAUGGAACUAAUGAUAAAACUGCUAGGACGCUUACUGUAUUCAAACUUCAUCAGUCAUGGAAGGUGAUGGAAAAGGCCUAUUGGUUCUAUUCCUGUAAUGGCAAGAAAACUGAGAUGUUUUUGAUUACUAUUGCUUUUUUUUUUUCCUGUGAAAGUAUUAGUGUUCUGUUUUUAUCUGUUCGCUUCAUGUUUUCACAAGUAGAAAAGAUGAAUAUUAUUUGCAUGAAUAGUGGUAUUAAAUUGAUUCAAAACUAA